AUGAAGAUCGUUUUAGGAAAAGUUGUGUCCACAAUGCUGAUCUCUCUUUCCAAAGCAACCAAAGCCUUUUCCAACUUUGUCGCCGUUGAGAUUGGAGCUUACCAAGCGAUGUCGAUAUACUUGAGGCGUGCUUUGGCGUUCUUUAGCAAAUUGGUUCAAUUCCACAAGGAGCUCAAGGGAUCCAAGUUCAAUCGAAAGAUAAAUAACCAUACCGUUGAAACUUUGGAAAUCCUAGAUCUGGUACGAGACACUGAGGAUAGUGUUAGAAGUGGUAACACCGGUAAGAUGCAUGAGAUGAAAAAGAAAAAGGGGAAAAGUGGGGAGGUUGUUGAUGGAAAGAUUGUCGAUUUGGUGGAGUAG